AUGGUAAUGGGUACAAAUCGCAUCGGCGUCGCGCUUGCCGCACUCAACCCAAACGCCAAACCGGCUACCGAAGGAGGAAAGAACAGGGGCUACUCAGUUGAACACCUAGAUCCUGAGGAAGAGUACGAGAAUGGAGAGCAUGUACCGGCCAACGACCAAAUGUACGCCGUGGGACGAGACACGUACACCGCUACAGGAGGGCACUACCGCUUCGUUAUCAACGCAGAGCAAGGAGCGCUCUUCGUCCAGUCCCUCGACGCACCCCGCCACGCUGCAACGCAGAACUGGGCCCAUACGCCCCGGCCCAACGAACUUCCCCGUCUCCAGUUCGCGUCAGAUGUCUUAGCGGCUUAUUGGUCAAGAACGCCUAACCCGAAGGGCUUGAAGUAUUACUUCGCGAAUAAUGUGGUUAACGAGGAGACAUUACCUCUGAUCAACAAGAUACUGCAGGAGAGUGGGUAUGACAGGAUACCGGAGUGGCCUGGUGUACGUGUUAGUGCGGAUAGCGAAGAAGGGACUGUUUUGGUUGGUAGGUUGGCGCUGUCUCUUUUCUCCUAG